AUGGAGUCGAGAGCACACGGGGCCCACGUCGCGCGGCGCUCCACGCAGGGCCUCGGCUUGGAGGGGUCGAUGGAUUACAGGGUUGAACGGGGGCUCUGGGACACCUGCGCCUCGGCGGGGGGCCGCCUGUGGGAGGUGCUGGACGCGUCGUACUCCCUGGAGGGCGCGGCGCUCUGCGCCUCCAGGGCCUGCGGGCAGCGUGACGUGGAGGCGGUCGUCUGGCAGACCUUCCACCGAGGCUCGGAGGCGGUGGCGCUGGAGCUCGGGCACUGGCGCCAGUUGCGGCUGGACCUCGUCCUGGCCGGCUUCGAGAAGUGCGGGACCUCCUCGGUGUCGCACAACCUCGCGAGGCACCCGCAGCGCUUCUGCGGCCCGCCGCGGCGCUCCCGCCGGCGCCGGGCGUGA